AGGAAAUCAAAUCAAAAGCUUGAGCCCUUGUCCUCAGGAUAUAGAAAGUAUAUGGGAACUUUUACCGUCUCGCUGACAUGAACGAUCUCGGUGUGACUAAUUAGACGGAUGGCAGCCAGUCCAUAGAAGAGCAUUGGUAAGCCUGUGUAGAAUUUAAGGAUAUAAAUGCGGUCUUUUGGGAGUUUGAUUAAACUCGAAUGAGGACUUUCCCAUAUGCAUUUCGGGAUUCAUUACAGGGCAUACACCUUUUUCGAGUUACCACGGACCUAUGUAGCAUAAUCCGUUUACUGGACUUACCCAAAUUAAUCACCUUAAGGAAGCGAAAGAACUUGUCCUCCAGCCAAAGAUCCUGCACCUCCCUCUUGCUACAGUGGUACUUCAUAUAGGGAUAACAGGCGGUGCGAAGAAUGUGAUAGUUGGUUCCGUUUUCCAGGGUCCAAUUAAAGUGAGACAUUCCCCUCUGAUCGUUGGCCACAUCGUGAAACUAGACUUGGAGCAUAUUUCUCAUUAGAUCUGGUGAAAAUAUUGGGGCGGAAAAAGGGGAGUCUUACCUUCACGAAAUAUGAUGUCCAAGGUGGCUCAUGGCAUUGUUUCAAAUAUGCGGUCAAUACUUCCGAGGCUCGAGGCUUCAGUAAAAGGCGGCCUCGUGUCUGUUAGAAGUACCAGCAAGAGACCCGAGCUAUCCGAGCACUUUACGCUGGAUGAGAUGGUGGCCAACGAGAAGCUGCUUCAGUAUGACGAGGGCUCAAAGGAACGCACGGAACUGGAAACCGCCCUGCUGGGCGUUCUCAAUAGGGUAGAGCACGUUCCCAUCGUUAUUAACGGCCAGGAGUUCCAGGCCAAGGAGGACUUCCAACAGGUUCUGCCCUACGACAUCCAACAGCCCAUUGCCCAUUACGGUCAUGCCCACCGCGUGCUCAUCCAAAUGGCCAUCGAUAAGAGUGUGGAGGCGCAGGUGAAGUGGGACAAGGUCAGGCUUAGUGAUCGAAUUGAUAUUUGGGAGCGGGCAGCGAUGCUAAUUGCCGGAAGAUACCGCUACAACAUCAUUGCGGCCACGAUGUUGGGCCAGGGAAAAACGCUGCGCCAGGCGGAGAUGGAUGUAGCCGAGCUGGUGGACUUUAUGCGCAUUAAUCCCGUCUUCCUGCGUGAGCUGGCCAACUACGAACCCAUUAGAGACAUCCAAAACAAUUGCAGGAACUCCAUGCGGUUGAGAGGACUUUCGGGAUUUGUGGCUGCCAUCAGUCCGUUUAACUUUACGGGUAUCGCCGCCAAUCUGGCCUAUACGCCUGCCUUAAUGGGCAACUCGGUGAUCUGGAAGCCCUCUGACUCGGCCAUCCUGUCCAACUAUUUCGUUUUCAAGGCCCUGCGGGAGGCUGGAGUGCCCGAUGGUGUGGUGAACUUUGUGCCCGCCGAGGAGACAACGUUUGCAUCCGUAGUGACGCAACAUCCGAAAUUGGCGGGGAUUAACUUCACUGGUACCUCAACGGUGCUCAAGGUGCUCUGGCAACUGGUGGCCCAGAAUAUAAAUUUCUAUCAGAACUAUCCCCGUUUGGUGGGCGAGGGAGGCGGCAAGAAUUUCCACUUCGUACACUCCUCGGCGGAACCGGAAACGGCGGUGGCCUGCACGAUAAGAGCUGCCUUUGAGUACGCCGGCCAGAAGUGCUCCUCCUGUUCGAUGUUGUACGUUCCGGAAUCCCUGUGGCAGAAUCACAUACGAGAACCUCUUCUUGAGAUCACUGCAUCUCUGGUCGUGCGACAAGAUGCCACGUAUUGCGAUAGUUUUUGCUCGGCGGUGAUCAACCGACGGGCCUACGAUCGCAUCUACAUGUGGCUAAGGUACAUCGACCAGAGUCCCAGUUGCCAGAUCCUCGUUGGAGGAAGCUGCGACAAGCGACGUGGCUAUUACGUAGAUCCAACGGUGGUACUGGUCAAGGAUCUGGACAAUAUCAUAUGUCGGGAAGAGCUACUGGCACCCAUUCUCGGUGUCUAUGUCUAUCCAGACCAUAAGCUCAAGGAGACUAUGGAAAAGGUGGCCCAGAUUAAUCAUGGAUUGACAGGUUCGGUGUUUGCCCAGGAUCAGAACUUCAUCGAGGAAGCAUACGAUGCCUUCAGAGUCAAUGUGGGCAACUUAAAUGUGAAUGACAAGUCCACCGGAUUGAUGGUGGGUCAGCAGCCUUUUGGUGCGGGACACAUGACCGGCACCAGUGAUAAGUUGGGCACUCCCCACUCCCUGCUGCGAUGGACAUCGCCCCAGGUGAUUAAAGAGUCCUACAAGACACACAGGAAUAUCUUUUAUCCAUAUAUGCAAAUAAAUGAUCAGGAGCAGGGCAUAGCACAAAGUGAUAUGGUCUCCCAGGAUGAAUCCUCCUUUGGGCACUUCAACAGUGAUGGCAACAAGGUGGUGUAGGACAAGCUGAAACCUUUGUUUUAUGAUCAAAAUUUCUGUGGCAAUAAAUAUGAAAAUUGUGUAAU